AUGUGGUCCUCCCUUCCCCUCCUUGAAUCCAUCCUCGCAAACUGGAUCCCCCUCUCCCCUUCAUCGCGCGGUCUAAUUACACUCCCACAAUCCUCCCACCCAACCCACGACCCGCCCUACACCCUCGACCCCUUAAACACCGGCAGUCCCCAAGAAGCCUACAUGCUCUCCGCCCCACACCAACUCCACUGCCUCAGCACCAUAAUGCACUCGUACGGCAAACUCUGGAAUGGAGCGGAUGAAACGCAUAUGGCGGAGCAUAUCGCGCAUUGUUUUGAUUAUUUGCGGCAGGGGAUUCUGUGUGCGGGAGAUGUUACGGUGGAGGGGAAUGCGAGUUGGAGGUUUCCGGAUAGGAAGGUGGAGCCGCCGUGGGGUGCGGAGCAUAUGUGUAGGGAUUGGGAGGGGGUGAGGGAGUGGGCGGAUGAGAAGGGGGUUUGGGAGUUUCCGGACGGGUUGGGGAUUUUGUGA